AUGUCCCUCAACAAUAAAAUUAUUUAUCCAAAUAAAAAUAUCCAAACAUAUUCACCUCCUUUAACAUCUCAAAAUCAUCAACAUCCUUCAUUAAUUCAUCAAAAAAGUUUUGCUUCAAUUAGACAAUUUGUUCUUUCAAAUAAUCAUUUUAAACAACAAAAAGAAGAACAAAAUCAAAAAUUUCCUCGUUUUUCUUCUAUUAGAAGACGAAAGAAAAUUUUAGAUGAGGAAAAUAGCAACAAAAAUGGAAAAAUUAAAAGAAUUCCUUCUGUCAGAAAAGUUGGUGUUUGCCAUGGAAAAAGCAAUAAUCUUGAUUGGCGUUCAAAAAGUGUUGCUGGUCUUAAAUCUACGAAUACAGCUAGCAAUAAGUUGUUAUUAAAAUUAAUUUUUAAGUGA